AUGGCACACAGCAAGCGAAAUACGUCGCGUGCCGUCUUCACCUCUUACGAGCGUGAUAUGGCCAAGGCUGCAUGGGCAUCUAACUCAGCCCGUUUGUCGCGAGACUCUUUUCUCCCCUUUGGCUCCUGCUAUCUCUGCCUUGAGAUAGCCAGGGACCCAGUCUCAUGCAGUCACGGCGAUAUUUUCUGUCGAGAGUGCGCCGUAGCCAACCUGCUCGCGCAGAAGAAGGAGAUCAAGCGCGAAGAAAAGGCCCGGGAGAAGGUUGAGCAGGCGACCUUGGAGGCGCAAGCACAACAGGAUGCCGAAGCCCAAGUACGCGCUGUCAAGGACUUUGAAAGUAUUCAAGCAGGGUUGAAACCGUCGUCUGCUGCGACGGCAUCUUCCUCAUCCAGUCUACCGACCAAAGUGACGGCCGUCGAGGGCGCCGACGCCAACCCCACCAGAGACAUUCAGGUUACAAAGAGGAAAUUCAUGCUGGACCAGGACGAGCUGGACAGAAUCGCCAAGGAGGAUCGCACGAAGGCCAAAAAAUUGAUUAAAGACGAGAAAGCAUCCAAGGAGAGUAUACCGUUCUUCUGGACGCCAUCGCAAACACCGGACGCCAAUGCAGCCCGUAUGGCAGAGGGUUUGGCAGCCGCUCCCAAGAAGAUUAAGCUUGCGCCCAUCUGCCCGGCUUCGGCAGACGAUUCCCGGCACUCCUUGUCACUCAAGAGCCUCACUUCGCUCCAAUUCAAAGAAGAGAUCGACACGAAAACCAAUGCCAGCCGGCGCAUCUGCCCAUCGUGUGUCAAGACACUCGGCAAUGCCUCGCGACCUCUCAUGGCCGAGAAGUGUGGCCACGUCAUUUGCCGCAACUGCGCUGCGAAGUUUAUGACACCGCAAGAAAAUGCUUGCUAUGUUUGCGAUGCUAGGCUUCCGGCAGCCCGUCCAGACAGCAAGCAGAAAGAGCCCAAGCAGGAGUUUGCUGGGUUGAUAGAACUCAGAUCCGAGGGCACUGGGUUCUCCGCUCGAGGAGCAAGCAAGGUUGAAAGGAGCGGCGUCGCUUUCCAAUGCUAA